AUGGCCAGCGACCCACCGGCCGAGCUCCACUGCCCCAUCUGCCUGGAGCUCUUUGCGGUGCCCGUCAUGCUGGAGUGCGGGCACAACUACUGCCAGGGCUGCAUCACCCACUACUGGGGGGAGCCCCCGGCCCAGCCCGGGGACGCCAUCCCCUGCCGCUGCCCGGAGUGCCGGUGCCCCGCGCCCGGGGGCAAGUACGUGCCCAACCGCGCCCUGGGCCAGCUGGCAGACAGGGCCCGGGAGAGCACCCCUGCGCGGGAGGGGCCUUCGCCCGACGAGGAGCUGCUGGGAGAGCCACUGUUCUGCAUGGACCACGGCAGCCUCACGAGGGCGCUGGACACCGAGCACUGGGGGCAUCAUUGUCUCCCGCUGGCCGAAAGCGUGCAGCAAUAUAAGGAGAUUUUAACCAUGUCCCAGACCUCGCUGGAGGCCAGGAUCCAAGCAGCAAAGUCUCUGCAGGAGCAGAGAGCUCAGAAAGUGCCUGAAAUUGCAGCCCAGCGUCUCCGCCUGGAGCAGCACCUGUCCUCCCAGUUCAUUGAAUUGCACGAGUGGCUGCAGCAGAAGGAGGCGGCGCUGAGGCGGGAGCUGAGGCGGGAAGAGGAGCUUUUGCUGAGUGAGCUGGAGACCGGCCAGCGAAGUGCCCAGGAGCUCGUCCGCACCUCAGGGGAGCAAAUCGCUGCCAUCCAGGCACGGCUGGCGGAAGAGGACGCAGGCACCUUCCUGAAGGACAUCAAAAGCUUCCUGGAAAAGCAUUGCCCCGGGGAGGAAAAAGGGGCGCCGCUGCCUGCACCCCGAGAUUUCAGCCUGGGCCAGUUCAAGGGGCCCAUCCAGUACAUGGUGUGGAGGGAAAUGAAAUCGGCCCUGAGCCUCGCUCUGCCCCUCGUCACCCUGGACCCGGCCACCAACCACCCCAACCUGCUGCUGUCUCCCGACCUGCUCGCCGUCCGGCUGGUGGACGAGCCCCAGGAGGAGGCGCCCGAGGGGCCCGAACGCUUCAGCAAGAGCGUGUGCGUGCUGGGCUCGGCCGGCUUCACCUCGGGCCGCCACUACUGGGAGGUGGAGGUGGGGGACAAAACCAGCUGGGACAUCGGCCUGGCUCGGGCCUCGGUCAACCGUCAGGAGGCCAAGGUGAUGCUCAAGCCGGCCAACGGCUACUGGGCCGUCUGGCUCCGCCACGGGGCUGACUACAAGGCCCUGGACUCCCCCUCCCGGCACCUGGCGCUCCAGGCCAAGCCCCGUCGGGUCGGGGUGUAUCUGGACUACGAGGGGGGGCAGGUGUCGUUCUACAACGCGGCCGCCAUGACCCACCUCUACACCUUCUCCGACGCCUUCGCCGAGCCCCUUUACCCCAUGCUCGGCCCCGGGGUCAACAGGGACGGGCUCAACGCAGAGCCCCUGCGGCUGGUGGAGCUAUAG